CUUUUUUUAGCAGAAAUAGAAAAAGAAAAUAUUGACAGCCAGGGAAACUUUUGAAGAUGAUUGAAGAUUUCAUUUCCAGGAGUUUAAUAUUGGCUCUUGGUUAUGCAUAUCCUGCAUUUUUGUGUUUCAAGACAAUAGAGAAAAAUAGAGUUGCCAUUCAAGAACUCAGAUUUUGGUGUCAAUAUUGGCUGCCAAUGUAUCGAGGGCUAAAGUUGGGUCUCUUCAUCUACCUAUGGCAUCCAAACACAAAGGGAAGUGAGUAUGUUUAUGAAACCUUUUUGCGACCUUACUUGUUGAAGUACGAAGCAGACAUAGAUAGAAGUCUGUUCGAGGCUAAGGAAAGAGCUUUGAACUUGGCAAAUUAUUAUUGGCACGAUUGCACUAAAUUGGGUUCCAAAUUUGUUGUUCAAUUUUUCCAAUUUUUGGUGUCCCAAUCUUCAAGCAUUAAACUACCUGUUGGAUCUCAGCUGCACAAUGCCCAAGAACAACAAUCUAGCGCGGUUCCUCCACUGCUAUCGAGCAAACCUUCCCGAAUGCUAAAGAGGAGCAUUUCUGACAAGCCGCCCGUCCCAUUAGUGGGGCCCACGGCCUCACAUCUCAGCCAGACGCCCAAAUCCGAGUCCAUGAAAGUCAGACUCCAUAGCCAGACAAAGUUUAUUCAUGCAGAAGAUGGUGGGCCCGGUGGCCAACCAGGGGAUGAUGCAGACAAAAUCAAAAGCCAUUAGCGGAUUUUACGAGUUAAAUAUAUGGUGUAACUGUAAAUUAUGUUAAUUUGGUAGCCUUUUUGGAUUGGUGUAGCCUUGUUAAUUAUCAUGGCUUGAUUAAGUGUCAAACAUUUUGUCAGCUUGUGUGGUAAACUACAAAUGAUGCUAUUUACUUGUGUCAAUUCUUG